CUGUUACAGCUUGUCAAGGUUCCAUUAUCACACCUCCAUCAUUCCUUUGCGGAGAUGAAAGUGGCUCUUCCAUAGUCACUCAUUAUGCUAUGGGUCAAAUGGUUAAUAUGAAGUGGGAGGUUGAUCCCACUCGGGAGGAACAAUUUCAUGUUGAUCUGUCGGUAACUGGCAGGGAUACAGACUUUAGAAAUAUCGGAACACUUCUGAAUUAUGCCUAUAAAAAGGGAGGAAUUGCACAAGCUAAUAUAAAAUUACCAGAAAACGUUAAAUGCGACAAUUGCACCUUGCGUUUAAGAUGUGCAGAAAAGUUAUUUUGUGCAAGAAUUUGUAUUUCUAAUUAUAAAAGUCGUAUAAACAUACAACGUCCUGGCGACGCUAAAUAUAAUAUACGUAGUGCCGACGCGCAGGGAAGUGGAGGUGCAUAUAAUGGAGGCGGCAAGAAGCGUAGUGCUGACGCGCAGGGAAGUGGAGGUGCAUAUAAUGGAGGCGGCAAGAAGCGUAGUGCCGACGCGCAGGGAAGUGGAGGUGCUUAUAAUGGAGGCGGCAAGAAACGUAGUGCCGACGCGCAGGGAAGUGGGGGUGCUUACAAUGGUGGUGGCAAGAAACCCGUGAUAUAUCCAAAUUCAAAAUAUCCAGAAUUUUCGUAUCACACAACCUCUGAUAAAAAUUCGGAUCAAUCACUCCCCGACUCAUGCAAAAACAUCUCUUCGUGGGAUUAUGAUCGUGAAAAACAGAGCACGCGCACGGAUUAA